UUUAUGUAAUGGGAACCAAAAUUUGUACUGGUGCCUCAUGAGGCAUUGUAAAUACAUUAUUUCAAAUGUAGAUUUUUUUUUUCCUUCUGAUUCAUGUUUAGGGCUGUGCCUUUGUUUACUUUCACUUUCAGCUAUAUAGCUCUGCUGUUGAGGUUCUUAAAAAACGAAACCUAAGCUUCAGGAAGACUACAGGGUUCUUUGACCAGCAGCUAUUGCCAUUUUAGAGACCCCAACCUUGCUGCUUUCCUGUUAGAGAUACCACUGGGGAUUAACUCUCAUGGCAGCUGUAGGACAUGAGACAGAUAAUUCAGAAGAAGACAGUAUGGAUAUUGAACAAGACUCUGAAGUCACAGGUCAUUUGGUGACAUUUAAAUUACAAUUUGAUCAACAAGAUGUACAGCAAUUUGAAAUACGCAAGAAAGUUUUUCAGAAAUCCCUACAAAAAUGGUGCAACAAACAGAAAAGAGGUUUGGAGGUGAAGGAAAUUUUAAAUGAUCGUAUAGAAGACAUUGUGAAAAUUGAGUUCACUUCAAUGAAAGCUGCAGAAUUUUGUAAACGCAUACGACAGCUUGAAGUUUCCAUUAAAGAUCAACCUAUUGUACUGACUGUGGUAGAAGGUGCAUCUUCAUCUGGAAAGAGUCAGGUGGAAACCGCUAUUGAUGAGAAUUUAAGAAUUUUAGAAUCAGAAGAGAAAAUGUUACAUGUGAAAACCGCAAAGAAUGAAAAUAUUCAGAACACUGAUUUACCAGAUUUGCAAUUCAAGAACAAAACAUGUCAUAAAAAUUCAGACAAGGCAACUCAAGACAGCAGAGGAAAUGCAGCCUUUCUGGAUCUUGACAAGCGGUCCUUAUCUAAUUAUAAUAAUGAGUAUAAAAUAAAAAGAAACAGAACAGAGAUGAAUGAAUUGGACACUAUACAAGAUGAAAAGGAAAUGAUAAUCAACAGUGAUUCAAAUAAUUUAUCCAUUGACUAUUACCAGUAUGAUUAUUUUAUAAAAGCAUAUUCUGAUGAAAUAGAUGAGCUAGUAAAGAAAGGAAAUGUACAUCUUUCUCCAAAAGUGGUCCUCACAGUCACAUCAGCCGAUAGAAAUGCAGAUACACACAGUAUAGAGAAAGCAAAGCAAGACUUUACGAAAUUAAUUCAGUCAAAAGUGACAAACCUGAAACAAGAGAAGGUUAUAGUUUCCAAGGCACAGAGAAAAGCCAUAAGGAAGGCAUUUUUGGAUAUUGAGGAGAAGUUUUGUAGGGUCAUCUUGAAUGAAAUUGAGGAGGGCUUCACCCUUAUUGGGCCUACAGAAGAUGUAGCUCUUGUUAAAGAAAAACUGGAAACAUUUGACAUACCUGGACAAAGAGGGAACUUCACAAUUAAAACAGAGGGCUCACUCCUCCAAAAGGAGAUUGAUAUACCCAGCCUCCACUGGAAGUUCCUCAAAAAAAUAUAUGGCAGAUAUCUGGAAGAAAUAGAGGCCCGAUUUGGAGUUAAAUUUAUCCCUCAGGAAGAGACACUACCUGGUAAACAGAAAAUAUGCCUGCAGCCUCAGUCAGAAGAGUACAAUGUCACAGGACAUGCUUUACAAGCUUUUACUGAACUCUACCAAAAAGCUGCAACCAACCUGAUUCAGAGAUCUGUAAAAAAUGCAGAUGCUGUUUGCGCUAGGGAAGCUUACCAGAAAAUAGAAAAUAAGCACCCAAACGUAGAGGUUAAGGAGAAAAAUGGAGAAUUCCACCUCAUUGGACAUCAUCACCACAUAACUUUAGAAAUAGAAAAAAUGACUAAGUUCACGAAUACCAGUCCAUUCAAAGAUCUUCCUGAAAUUGGAAAGUUGGAGCAAUUCCCUAGCAAAGCAGGCUGUAAGUCUAAAAUGAAGGAUGAGACUGGUGCAACAGACAGGAGUGCUGAAGAAGAGUCAUGCCCCAUAUGUUUGGAUUCAUUCAAGGAUAAAUUCACCUUAAGCUGCCAACACUCAUUCUGCAAGGUUUGUUGGGAGGAGGCAAAGAAACACAAGCCAGUAUGCCCAGUCUGCAAAACUGUACUUGGAAAAGUUAAAGGGAACCAGCCUAAAGGAACAAUGAAAGUCAACUGUUCAUCUGCUCCCCUUCCUGGAUAUUCAUGUAGCACGAUUGAAAUUCAUUACUACUUUGCAAAUGGAAGACAAUCAGCUGAGCAUCCAAAACCAGGACAAUGGUAUGAGGGUACCAAUAGGACAGCAUACCUGCCCGAUAAUAAGGAAGGCAACGAAGUGCUGACAUUGCUGCACCAAGCUUUUGACCAAGGGCUGAUUUUCACUAUUGGUACAUCUCGCACGACUGGCAAUGAGAAUGUGGUGACGUGGAAUGACAUCCAUCACAAAACUAACAGAUAUGGAGGUCCUCAGAAUUAUGGCUACCCUGAUCCUAGCUACCUGACAAGAGUGAAAGAGGAGUUGAAAGCAAAAGGCAUUGAAUAAGGAGGAUGGUCGUACAGAUACGUUCAGCUUUACCAAAGUGGAAACUGUUUUGAUUCACUUUUGACUUUAAAAAAACAUGGACAGCAAUAGCAAAGAACUACUGGAGCAACUAUUUAUAUUCAGUUUAUAUUCAUACAUUUUUGUUUGAGUGAGGUUUAUGGAUUCUUGUGCUUUGUUUCUGUGUCUCCUGUCUCUGUUAUCUUUAUAUAGAAUCAGAAGGCAUCAGAUGCUUAAUAGUUAAAUAAUUAGUAAAUGUGUUGUUCC